AUGCGUGCACAUGAAAAGCGGCAAUCUUGUGUACUGGGCUGUAAAGAGGAAACAAGCUGCGGUGGAUCUAAACAAUUUCAGCAGUGUCGGUACUGUACGUCUCCUAAUUCUCAGAACUGUGGUGCUUCGGGACCUCCCGAUGGUGUUGGUGUACCCAGUGCAGAUUUCCUGCUUUACGUUUCGGCAGUUUUUUCGGAGCGAUGCAAAAAUGUUGACACUGUUGCUUAUGCGGCACACUGCCAGCAAGAAGCCGAUCUGGACAGACCAAUAGCUGGCCAUGUUAAUUUAUGUCCGAAUGCACUGUCAACAGCACCGCAUGAUCGUGAAGUAUUGCUUUCUACGGUAAAGCAUGAAAUUCUUCAUGCACUGGGCUUCUCGGCCGGACUCUACGCAUUCUUUCGGGAUGAGAAUGGCGUACCGCGAACACGUCGGAAUCGCUACAAUAAGCCAGUUUCGUUGAAUAAAGAACGCGGCUAUUACGACUGGGAUCCGAAUACUAUCAAAACAAUUAUCAGAAAUGACUGGUGGACCGCGGAAGGAAGAGUAUCACAUCCAAUACACAUAAUGAUAACACCUCGUGUGCAGAUGGAAGCUCGAAGGCAUUUUGCAUGCAAUGAUUUAGAAGGUGCGGAGCUGGAAAAUCAAGGUGGUGAUGGUACUGCAUUCACACACUGGGAGAAACGUCUUUUUGAAAACGAAGCAAUGACGGGUACGCAUACACAAAAUCCGGUUUAUUCACGACUAACAUUUGCACUUUUGGAAGACAGUGGGUGGUAUAAACCAAACUACAGGUGA